AUAAAACUGAAUGGUCAAUUAUUUUCAAUUCAAUUUUACGAUGAAGAACGUACGUGAAUAUAGUAUUUAUGCUGCUGUCAUUUUGUCAGUUAUUGGACAAACUGCAAGUCUGAGUAAUUUUAGCAUGUCCUGUGGUCCAGGAGUCGACGAUCCAAACUCGUGCACUCAGACCAGUAGAACUCAGAAAUGUUAUCGGUACAAUGGUGAAACAAAAUGUGAGGUGACAACAUUCGCAUGUCAGAGCAUGUGUUGUCCAGGUUGGGAAGUAGGCAUGAAGGGGAAAUGUGACACACCAAUCAAGAAUUUCCAAUGCUCAGAAUCAUUAAUCAACAGCACCAAAAGGCACGGAAGUGAAUAUUGCGUAGACAAUACUUAUUGUAACCAAGGAGAAGUGUGCUGCUCCAACUAUUGUACACGUAUACAAUUGUCUAAACACCACUGCUGGUAUCGAAAUGUGUAUCGUACUGUUGGAGAAACCAAUACAACGAGCAAUGAUGUAUGUACGGUAUGUAGCUGUAAUACCGAUGGUCAUAUAUCAACUAUGGAAUGUGAGAAAUCUACAUGUAACUGGGACAAUCAGACAGAUAUUCCAAAAUACUAUAAGCCUCCAGUUAUUUAUAAUAUACCAAAGAAGGGACAGAUGGUAUCAGUGUAUGUUUUGAGCACAAGCAAUUCUGCAUAUCUUGAUACCAAUUUUAUAUAUGCUCUGGACUUUGAAGGAAACAUGAUGAAAGUUUAUGUGUCAAAGAAUACAUUUAAACACUGUCUGUGUACUAAUUCUACUGAGUCCGUCAUUGCUAAGUCAGUACCUGACAAAUUUGGAAAUUAUAAUGAAACCACUUUCCUGGUUAAUAUCAUCGAUAGAUUUGAGCCAGUCUUCCAUAACUGUCCACAAAAUAGAGUCAUACAAUCAAAUGAUAUGUUUGGAUGGACAGCGCCUACCGUUACUGAUAAUGUAGGAGUUCAGGAAAUUGAUGGACCAGUCUUACCACAGAGGAACACAACCACUCUGGUUCCCGGAACUUAUACCAUGGUAUACAAAGCCAAAGACUGGUCAAAAAAUACUGCAACGUGCCGAUUUACAAUAACAGUUCAAGAUCCACCAGACGUAAAUCCUAAGCCAGCGCAUGAGCAUAAAAUAAGUGUUACCCUACUGAUAAUUAUUGGUGGAAGCUUAGCAGCUCUCGUAGUGAUCGCAUUAGUAGCGUUUUAUGUAUCCAGUAUGUGUCGUAUAGUGAAGACAUAUUCUGUUAACGAGAAAAAGAAGAUACCCUCUAACGAACAUGGACACAUUUACGGAUCAGUGAAUGAUAAUGGUAAAUUGUAAAAAGAAUUUUGAAUUAGGUAGGCAGCAGAAGACGACAGAGAAGACAAUUCAAGAAGGAAAUGUGACCUUUACAUGAUGUUUAAGCAUAAUAAUAAGCUUCUUUAUUUCCAGUUUUAUGAACAAAUGUUCUCACUUACAUGACAAAUUAACUGUUUAACAUUUCUAACAGAUAAAUGUAUAUAAUUACUGAUUUUCUAACUGGAACUUAUUUUUUGUUGGUCAAAUUAUCUCUUGCGAUAGGCUUGAAAAUAUUAAAGAAGAAACGAUUUGUUUUAAA